GUUUCGAUUGUCACGUACGAUACCGUUGAAGAUAUUUAUUUGUAACAAUGGCUGUACCGGAUUAUAAACUUAGUGCAGUUUUAUAUGGCCAUUCCUUAGACGUGCGAUGUGUGGCGAAGAGCAAAGAAUCCUGUAUAUUGUCUGCCUCUCGCGACCGAACCGCUAAAUUAUGGCACCCUGAAGGGGUUAAAGAUUUCAUCAACGCAGUCACUUAUAAAGGGCACAAAAACUUCGUUUCAUGUAUUUGUUGGCUGCCGCCUUGCGAAGCUUUUCCGGACGGCAUCGUAGUGACCGGCAGCAACGACAAUACAAUUUUAGGCUAUAACUUGCAAGAUGGCAGCGUCGUGUUGACCCUGGAAGGUCAUGAAAACGCCGUGUGUAGUGUUACACCAGGUUAUGACUCAGGAAUUUUGUUAAGUUCAAGUUGGGACAGCACAGCUAAAGUAUGGAAUGUGAACAAUCCCCAAGCCACUCCUGUAACAUUGAAGGGGCACCAGGCCGCAGUGUGGGCAGUGGUGGAGCUGGGUAAUGGGACAUAUGCCACAGCCUCGGCUGAUAAGACCAUUAAGCUGUGGAAAAAGGAUGGAUCUCUUAUAACUACACUGGCAGGUCACACUGACUGUGUGCGAGGGCUGGCUGUGGCUGGUCCGGACUCGUUCCUUAGCUGCUCCAAUGAUGCAUCCAUCAGACUGUGGGCUAACAAAGGAGAGUGCCUUAACACUUACUAUGGACAUUCUAAUUAUAUUUAUAGUAUAAGCAUUAACCCUGGCUUGAACGGCUGGGCGACGUGCGGCGAGGACGGGUCGGUGCGGCUCUGGUCUGCCGGGGACUGCGUGCGCGAGAUCCGCCUGCCGGUGCAUUCUGUCUGGAGCGUUGCUUGCAUGGACAAUGGAGACAUAGUUACUGGUUCCAGCGAUGGCUUAGUCCGCGUCUUCACCAAAGACCCGGCCCGCUACGCCGACGAGGCGACGCUCAAGCAGUUCGAAGAAGAUGUUGAGAAGCUGGCAGCCGCCUCGCAGCAGGAGAUCGGAGGGUUCAAGCUCUCUGAAUUGCCCGGCCCGGAAGUCCUCCUGGAGCCUGGUAAAACGGACGGUCAGACCAAACUGAUCCGCCGCGGCACCAACGUGAAGUGCUACUCGUGGAACGCGGCCGCCGCCAGCUGGGACGAGCUCGGCGACGUGAUGGGAGCCAACCCGCCCACAGAGGGCAAGACCAUGUACCAGGGGAAAGAGUAUGACUUCGUGUUCAGCGUGGAUAUCAAGGACGGCGCGCCGCCGCUGAAGCUGCCGUUUAACAAGGCCGAGGACCCGUGGGUCGCCGCACAGGCCUUCAUACACAAACAUGACUUGCCUCAAGUGUACUUAGAACAAGUAGCAAACUUCAUCAUCACUAAUGCCAAGUUGGAUUCGGUGCCCGCUUCUAGUAAUGGGUUCUUCGACCCGUUCACCGGCUCGUCCCGCUACGUGCCCGGCUCGGAGUCCCGCGCCGCGGGUCUGCCCGCGCCGUCCGCGGCCGACCCCUUCACCGGCGCCGGCGCAUACUCCACGGCAGCCGCGCAGACGCAGCAAAUCCCGCAAUCCAACGAGAAACCGCUCAUACCGCACGACGCUUACAUCAGAUUCGAUCAAGCGAACCUAACUGCGAUCCACGACAAGCUAAAAGAAUUCAACAGCAAAGUGGGAGACGGACUGAGCGCCCUGACUGAACAACAACUAACAGAUAUUGUUAAAUUAGGUGAACUGAAUAGCACUUAUAAUCCAGAAACGAUUGCAUUAUUGAAGAAAACUUUAGAAUGGCCAAAAGAAAUCCUCUUCCCGGUAUUGGACGUGACGCGGCUAGCAGUUAGAAAUAAGGAAGUCAACGGUCUAAUAUUCGACACGACGUAUGGACCGGACUUCGUCAAAUACUUAUUGACUUUGUUAGCUCCAGGCAAUAUCCCAGCGAAUCAAAUGCUAGCGAUGCGAGUGCUAGUGAACGCGUUCAGCGACCUGCCCGGCGAGAUGUUAGUACUGGCCGCCCGCGAGUCCGUCGCGCACUGCAUCAUCUGUCUCACGCAGCUCAGCGCCAACGCGCAGAUAGCAGCGGCGUCUCUGUUAUUGAACUUGUCGGUUGCGCUGGCGCAGCAGAGCGACUCUGCCGACCUCGCCGAGUGUAUCCUCAACCUGCUUAGCAAGACUACUGACAACGAAGCCUAUUUCAGAGGCCUAGUCGGCCUCGGCACGCUACUCGCCGAAGCCCCGAACCGCCUCGUGAUCCAGAGCAAGAUCGUGUCGCACCCCGCCGUGCACAACCGCCUCAAGCGGGACAGCGGCAAUGGCAACAAACUAGCCGUCUGCUCCAGGCAAAUACUCGGCCUUUUAUAAUAUUCACAAGCAUUAGUCAAUACUCACUUAUAAAUAUGGCGGCGUUUGGAUCCGGUAACACUCGUAACCGGUUAAAUACACAUUUUAAUACCAUUCUGGUUCCACUUUUCCUUAAGAACGCGAACCUU